CGGACCCAAAUCUUCCGCUCCAAAUACGGCAAGCCGCAGAACAAUCAAGCUCAAGCUUCCUCAGAGCAACUCUGGGUGCGCAUAUUCGCUGUACAAUGUAUGGCUCUUUCCACAGCAUUACAACCCCCACUUUCUGUUUAUGGAAGGGAGUUCCAGGUAAACAACUGGGGUGGGGGGUUUCGGGCGUACUCGUACCCCGCUACAACCACAACCCCGCCAUUCAUGUGUGAUACCCUGAACUAGGCUCUGUACUUGCUUCUCUUUUAUAUACUACACCUGCCCUUUCUCUGAGGUUCUGAGCCGAAUGAUCUUGCCCUGUUAUUUCGUAAUUCGUCAAGUCAAGUGCCUCUUAUCAAAUAUAUAUCUCGCCAAACAUAAUUUUCUCGGACUCUCCUCUUAUUUCUCAACAUGUCGCCUCUCACUCGCACAGCCAUUGCCAAAAACUGGAUAUUCCGCCAAACCACAAACCUCAACUCCUCCUGCGCAUCUUCAUGGCUACCUGUAUCCCAAUUUCCCACCGUAGCUCACAUCGACCUCCUCCAUCACAAACUAAUCCCCGAUCCUUACCUCGACACCAACGAGCUUGACUGCCUCUGGGUUAACGACGCAGAUUUCACAUAUCGAACCACAUUUCCCUCGCCUCUUCUCACUUCCAGUGAUUCCUCAGCUCUCUCCCAGUCAAAUGCCGAGCUGGUUUUUGACGGGCUUGACACCAUCGUCGCCGUCUACUUCAACGGCGAGAAAGUGCUCGAAGGUCGUGACAUGCACCUUUCGUACCGAGUCGAUGUCACGAGACUUCUGAAGAAAGAUGGAGAGGAGAAUGAGUUGGAGUUGAGGUUCAGCAAUGCACCUGCGUACGCGAAGAGUGAGAUGAAGAGGAUUGGUUAUAAGGGAAAUGGGACAGAUGUACAUUUUGGAGGACCGGAGAGGCUGUUCGUGAGGAAGGCGCAAUAUCAUUGGGGGUGGGAUUGGGGCCCAGCCCUUAACACCAGUGGACCAUGGAAAGAGAUCUGGCUCGAGACCUUCACAGAACGCAUCUCCCAAUUCCUCGUUCGCCAGUCCGUGUCUGAGGACCUCUCCAAUGCAACCAUCACCAUCAACGGUACCACAUCCUCCGCCAAACCCUCUAGUACCAUCAUCCUCACAGUCAACUCCCCUGAAGGAUCUACUCUUCUAACACAAGAGACACCCGUCUCCUCCACCGGAGCAUUCAGCACCUCUCUCAAGGUCAAGAAACCAGAACUCUGGUACCCUUUCACAUACGGUGCUCAACCACUGUACACAGUGACAGCCGCCCUAAACUCCACAUCACAUACCCAAACCCGAACCAUUGGCCUCCGCCGGCUCCAACUCCUCCAACACCCUCUCACCUCCGCACCGGGAACAUCUUUCCUCUUUUCCAUAAACAAUGUCUCUAUCUUCUGCGGCGGUUCCUGCUGGAUUCCCGGCGACUAUCUCCUCCCACGGAUGACACCCUCUCGGUACUCCUCCUGGCUCAAACUCGCCAAGUCCGGAAACCAGUGCAUGAUUCGCGUCUGGGGCGGUGGGAUAGUGGAAAGCGACGAGUUCUAUAGGUUGUGUGAUGAGGAGGGGAUAUUGGUGUGGCAGGAUUUCUUGUUUGCAUGUGGGGAUUACCCGGCUGAGGAUGGGUUUGUGGAGUUAGUGAAGAAGGAGGCGGAGCAGCAAGUUGAGAGGGUGGGUCAUCAUGCGAGUUUGGUGAUUUGGGCGGGGAACAAUGAGGAUUAUAUGUUGGCGGAGAGGUGGGGGUGGGAGUAUGAUAUUGAUGAUCAAGAGGGACCAUGGGACAACACAAAUUUCCCAGCUAGGAAGAUAUACGAGAGAGUUCUACCAGAGGUAUGCGAACGAUUAGCUGGAGACGUGCCGUAUUGGCGAAGUAGUCCAUAUGGAGGCAAGACAAGCAACGAUAUCACAGUGGGAGAUACACAUAUCUGGGAUGUAUGGCACGGCCCCAUGGCGCCUUAUCAAGAGUACAAAGCCUACACAUCACGCUUCGUAUCGGAAUUUGGUUUCGAAUCUGCGCCUUCAAUACGCACACUACACAAAGCCAUCACCAACCCACGAGAGAGACAUUGGCAAUCCCUAACAUUCGAUGCCCACGACAAAGGUCCAAACCAUCAACGUCGCUACGGAAUGUACUCCGGCGAAAACUUCCGCUUCCGCUUUAACCCCCUCAAGGACUUCAUCUACAGCACCCAAUUCCUGCAAGCCGAAGCCAUGAAAUACGCCUACAACCACUGGCGGCGCGCCUUCGGCCCUCCCGGCUCCGAACUCUGCUCCGGCAUCCUCGUCUGGCAACUAAACGACAUCUGGCCCGGCACAUCCUGGGCCCUGGUCGACAGUUCCCUGUCCCUCAAACCCAGCUUCCACAUCACCAAGCGGGCGCUCGCGCCCGUCGUCGUCGGGAUAGAGAGACUCGUCACCAGCGAACCGAAUUACAUGGUAACGUCUUACCCAGCGAGUCGGACCCGCGCGGCGAUCUGGGCGGUCAAUGGACGCACUUCCGCUUUGGCAGCGGUAUUGCAUCUUUCAGCGUAUGAUAUCGAGACGGGGAGGGAGAUUCUUCUACCAGGUGAUGUAGCCGAGAGGAAGAUUGUGCUGAGGCCGAAUCAGACGACGGAGAUUGUGGAAGGGGUGGAUAUACCGCGCGCGGACACGACUGUGCUGUAUGCUUCCCUGGUUUCUGAUCCUGAUUCUGAUCCCAACCCUGGAUCCAAGUCCGAGUCUGCCUUAAAAGGAGAGCAAGUCCAACUAGCGCGCUGGGUCGACUGGCCAGAACCAUUGAAGUUCAUCCAUUUCGCAAAAGAUGUAUCUGUUUCCGUCAAGCCAUCUACAGACGGUAGUUCUGUACUCCUGUCAGCAGAUCGACCGCUUAAAGGCGUCGUGCUGUCCAUCCCGCCAAAGGUAUCCACUUCCUCCAACGCAAACUUAGAAUGCAAUCCUUCCGAUGAAGAUAAAGAUAAAGAUGAAGACGCAGAUGCAGUCUGGGACGACAACUUCAUUGAUCUAGUUCCAGGGGAGGAGAUCCGCGUUGGUGUGAAGGGGUUGGAUGGCAGGGAGGAGAGGAUCGAGACGAGGUGGUUGUGCGAUUGGGAGGGGGAGGAGGGGUUUGAGUUGUGAGAUAUUUAUUAGCUGUGAGACUUUGAUAGGUUGGAAAGAUACUUGAGAAUAGGGCAGGGAGUGAAGAGAAUCUGCCGCCUUGCUUCGGCGCAGUCCGUACAUGACAGAAAGGCACCAGCAUGAACAAAGGUUGAUAGAAAGAGAUAUAUUGCGAACUACCAAAGACAGGGAGAGAAGCGGACAAAUUUUAUGAUUUGUUUUUUGAAUUAUUAAACUAUACUACACAAUAGU